AUGCAACCCUACCACAGCUCUCAUCCCAGGUAAGUUUUCUUCUCUGGGCAUAAACAGAGGAUCUAUACCCUCUCCUCUAUACACCACCCACUCACACACUGCAGAGGCUGCUAGUGUAGGUGUGGUUGGGUGUUUCAUGUGUGGGUGUCAGAAAAUGUGGGUGCCUGGUACAUAGACUGUAACGGUCUGGUAUCUUGGGAUUUUCACGGUUAACUAGUUUGGGUACUUGGUAUAGGGCGAACAUAAUGGGGUAUCUAGUAUCUGGUUACUAGCUUUUAUACCAACUAACUAAACUUGCACUGGGCGAAUAGCCAUAAGAUCCCAGUUUGGCUGCAAUGUAUGUGUAUUGUCCUCUAUAGACAAUGUAUAGAUGUUGGACAAACUAUCUACAGACUUCAGUCAGUAUCAACUGCAACUUCCAACAAGCAACUAUUUGUACAGCUAUGGUGAUAUUUUUAUAUUAUAUAUUUUUAUUGAUCGUUUGAGCAUCUACAUUUAAAUUGGGGAAGUAAUUCUGAACCCCCCCCCCCCCCCCCCCCCCCCACCCCCCCCCCCCCCCCCCCCCCCCCCCCCCCCCCCCCUCCUCUAGAUCCUCAGAGCACACACAGGACCGAACAGCCCUCAAACAUGUAAGCUACAGCAAGGUGAGGCCACACACACACACACACACACAGGGGUCAAUUACUGAUGACCCCUAACAUCUAAAAAUGCUAGGCCCGGUUGCAUAAAACAUCUUAAGUUAAUUUCCCCCUUAUCUUUUCCUUUAAAGUUUCCUUAUCUUUAGGUCAGUUGUACAAAACAUUUUAAAGUGAGUUUCCCCCUUAAAUUAGGUGAAAAAGCUAAGGGCGCCCAUAAGGUCCCUUAAGUGCUUCAUUCAGUAUGGAUAUCAAUGUAAACAGCAUUUGUGGAGUUGAAUGUUGCUUUCCUCUGCCCUGGUUUCCAAAGGAAAACAUCCACCAGCUAGUUAGGUAACGUUAGCUACUUAGUUAAACAAUGGAAGGUGCACAAUCCAUGGCUACAAAGCUAGAUGGCUAGCUACUUACUCUGUAAAUUAGCUUGAAGUGCUAGAAAGUAAUUGAAACAAGUUGAGAAAAAAGUAACUAAAAUAAACGUGUUUUAUUAUUUUCUGAAUGAAUUUGUUUCUCCUGUCUUGAAUGUAGAAGUUCUAGUUUGAUAUCUCCCAAAAUAAAUCUAUUUGAUGAGUAGUUCAUUCAGUGAAUCAGGUCAUCUCCAUGGUAACCAGAGACUCUUUCUGCCAUACACAUAGAGAUCCUAUUAUAUUACUAGAGGGGCUAUGUCAUAAACCCUCAAUGUUCCAUAAUGGGGCCAAAAUGACAGCCAUAUUGGUCAGGGAAAAAUCUAAAACCAGUCUAAUUGGAAUUAAUGGCAGUAGAGACAUGGGCAGGGAUGAACGUAAGACGGUACGGUCUGGUAUGGAGUCCCGUCAAAAGAGAUAGAGGAGGUAUGCCGUACCGGUAAAACAUGAGCCUAUCACAAUAAUUAAAACAAAAUGUCAAGAAAACUGUAGGCUAUUACACCAUUAUUUAUCAUUACCGUAUGUCAGAGGCAGGAAAAAUAAGCGAAUGGACUUGAAAACAGGUGGUAUAGCCUACGCUCCAAAAUGCGAUGUGGUUAAACGAAAACACUGACAUUUUGCCAAGGCAGAGAUGAGUGGCCGACACCGAAAACACACACGGACAGCAGUGGACGCAUAAAUUCUGGCCUAAUGACAAUCGCCAAAUGUCAUUAUUACACUUUUUGAUGUUUUGUGUAAGAGAUGUCUCUUUCCAUUCACCACUGUUUGGAGACUGGGAAUAUGUUGCGAGUGGAUGAACUUGCGCAGGUAGGAGCUGUUUUAAGUGAUUGUUUGACGAUCAGAUGAAAACAUCCUGACUGGUUGUAUUUAUGCCACAAUAAAGGUAAUACAUUUUAAAAGUUAAAUGACAAAUCUUUACGACUAAGCCUACAGAGAUCCUAUUGAAUUAUGCGCAAAAACGUGCACAUAUAGGAGGUCCCGUACCGGGAAGAAAUUAAUUAUACUUUCACCCCUGGGCAUAGGUGAUGCAUUUCCUGCUUUUACUUAGACAGGAAAAUAAAAGUAAGGCAUGCUAUGAAUCAGAAAUUGUGUAAUGGAAUUAUAGUCAACCUAAAAUAUUAUCAUAUAAUAAUAAAUACAGUUUAUACGGGUUUUAUGCCCAUUUUCUGUAUAAAUAGCCUCUAAAAUAUAUGUAAACAGACCAUAAAUGUCUCAGAUUUUGUUUUCAUGGAUAGCUGUGAGUGCUAUUAUAUGAUACAAUAUCAGUACUUGUUGCAUUUACAACUUGUCUAAGUCCUAUCAUCAACUGAUUUGAGCCAGUGUAUGAUUGGCUGUGGAUUGACUGCAUUGUUUUAAAUGGAAUGUUGGCAUAUUGGCAGUUAAUUAAACACAUUUAUGGAAUCAUUCCUCUAAAACUGUCUGGCUAACUAGCUAACACACAUACAGUGCAGAUCAAUUCUUCACAUUCAUUGUUUUACACAAUAUCUUAUCACAGCACUGGCAAACCAUGGUAGACCAACUCCCUGGCCAAAAUGGCUGACCUUUGGACCAUCAUAAGAAGGUUCAUGUCCAUUCUAGUAUUCUAAUUCCUAAUUCUAUGGCCAUACAUGCCUUCAAACUACCAUAAAACCCUUAAAUUAUGCCCUUACCUAAGGAAAUGUUUGAGGGGCUCUAUGCAACACCCUUACACAAUUCCCUUAGAGAAGGGACAAUUAUUCCUUAAGGUAAACCCUUAAAGGAAAAUGUCAAAGAAGUUCAACUUCAUAUUCAUCAUCUCCAGCACCAACAUGCUGUAUGUGUAAAUAGAGUGUUUCUAUGUUUUGUAGUCAAAAAGAGAGGAAGAUAAGGGUUUCCAAUGACACCAUCAACUAAUUAGUAGACAAUUAGCGGGCAAUGCCUACCCAUAAUUGGUUAAAAUCACAUGAUGUACACCGAUGAUGUCAUUGGAAACAGUUAUCUUCCUUUUUUCUCCCCACAAAACAUAGAAACUUGCCAUUUUCACAUAUGUUGAUGUUGGGGUGGUGCUGGAGAUUAUGAAUAUGAAGUCGAACAUUUUUGAAAUGUCCCUUUAAGGGAAACACUUAAGAUGUGUUAUGCAACUGCCCUGCAGGGUUCUAAGACCUAAUGUGACAACCACUACAAUCACACUGCAGUGUCAAUCAAAUUAUGUUACAAUGGACACUACAAGGUGUUCAUAAUUUUUUGUACACUCAGUGUAUGUCCAUUUGAAAGUGGUUACAAUUCAUGACAUUUUGAUUAUGGUAGUAUGAAAACAUUUUCAUCAAGGUUUUGACAUUUUUAUUUUUACUUUUUGUAAAUACUAAUAUUAAUGGACCAAAAAAAUCAAAAAAUGUGAUAACUGAUAACUUUUACUAAUACUUAUUACUGUUAUUAAUAAUGCUGAGAACAGAGGCAGUCUGGAGUGAAGGAGGAUAUGGUAGAGCUCCAUCAAGCUGGCAAGCUAACUUAGAUUAUAUUUCCUUAUGAUGAGGUCCACUGUGAUUUAUAGGACCUUGGCUUCAUCUCUUCCCUGGUGUUUGUUUCUGUUAAUGUCCUGCUAUUCCAGGGGUGUGUAUCUCAUGUUCCUGAGGGCCACAGUGUCCAAUCACUCUUUUGUGAUCAAUUAAGUGCAGAGGAGAAACAGAAACCUGUGUUAUAUUUACCUAUCUCUUACCGUACCAAUGUACUCCUCUUUCUCAAGGACACCUCUCAGAUCUGUCCAUCCGCGGGCCACAGGGACUGGCUCUGCCCUGUGUGUCUGCAAACUGCCAGCUUCCCCGUACAGACCAACUGUGGCCAUCUCUUCUGUGGUAAGACAGCACCACGACCACCAUCACUACCACCUGUAUAUGACCAGAUUUAUCUAAGGGUCAAGAGAGACUUGUACAGAUAGAAAGAGGUCUUCAGGGCCCAGAAGGUAGCAUAUUAACAUUAACAUUUACAUCAAAUCAAAUCCAAUCAAGCUUUAUUUAUACAUCACAUUUCAGACAUGGAAUGCAACACAAUGUGCUUCAUAGGAAAAAAACAAAUAAAAAACAAUGGGCUUAAAAACAAAGGUGUCAUUGUACGCUGAUGAUUCAUGUUUUCUUUUAAAUCCACAACUAGAAUCCCUCCACAGCCUCAUAGAGGAUCUAGAUACAUUUUCUAACCUCUCUGGAUUACAACCAAAUUAUGACAAAUGUACUAUAUUACGUAUUGGAUCACUAAAAAAUAAAAUUUUUACAUUACCAUGUAGUUUACCAAUAAAAUGGUCUGAUGGUGAUGUGGAUAUACUUGGAAUACAUAUCCCAAAGGAAAUAAAUGAUCUCACUUCAAUACAUUUUAAUAGAAAGUUAGCAAAAAUAGAUAAGAUCUUACUACCAUGGAAAGGUAAAUACCUGUCAAUUUGUGGAAAAAUCACCCUGAUUAACUUUUUAGUAUUAUCCCAGUUUACCAAUUUGUUUACGGUCUUGCCUACGCCUAAGCGAACAGUUUUUUAAAUUAUAUGAGAAGAAAAUAUUCAAUUUUAUUUGGAACGGCAAGCCAGACAAAAUUAAAAGGGCCUAUUUAUAUAAUGAAUAUGAAUUCGGAGGACAGAAAUUAUUAAAUAUUAAAGCAUUAGACCUAUCACUAAGAGCUUCAGUCAUACAAAGGUUAUACUUAAAUCCGAACUGGUUCUCAAGCAAAUUAGUAAGAUUGUCUCACCCAAUGUUCAAGAAUGGCCUUUUUCCCUUUAUUCAGAUUACAACAACUAAUUUUCAGUUAUUUGAAAAGGAAAUCAUCUCCCAAAUAUCACUAUUUCUAAAACAAGCCAUAGAAAGUUGGUUGGAAUUUCAAUGUAAUCCUCCAGAAACGACAGAACAAAUAAUGCAACAAAUAUUGUGGUUAAAUUCAAAUAUACUAAUUGACAGAAAAACUUUAUUUUUUGACAGAAUGUUUAAAAAAGGUAUAAUCUUCGUAAAUGAUAUCAUCGGUAGGACUGGUGGAGUUAUGUCGCACAUGCAGCUAACAAAAACAUAUGGAAAUGUCUGCUCUACCCAAAAUUACAACCAAAUAAUUGCAGCCUUACCGCAAAAGUGGAAGAGGAAAGUGGAAGGGGGAGAAAGUAAGGAACUUGUCUGUCGGCCUUGCAUUAGAGAACAUAAUUGGUUAAGGAAAACAGUGAUAAAUAAAAAAGUAUAUCAGUUUCACUUAAGGACCAAAGGAUUGACAGCCGUCCCAUAUAGAUUGCAAAAUAGUUGGGAAGAGAUUUUUGACGUACCGAUCCCAUAGUGUUUAUGAACUGACACGCAAAACGACACCGGAUUCAAAAAUUAGAAUCUUUCAAUUUAAAUUAUUAUAUAAAAUUCUUGCUACGAAUAGAAUGUUAUUUAUAUGGGGGAUACAAUCUUCCCAGCUCUGCAGAUUUUGCUGUGAAGAGACAGAAUCAUUAGAUAAUUUGUUUUGGUUCUGUCCAUUUGUAGCUUGUUUUUGGACACAGGUCCAGGAAUGGCUAAAGGAUUGCAAUAUUUACCUGGAGCUAACCUUGCAGAUAGCAUUACUGGGUGAUCUGAAAAGUCAUAGUCAAUCGAUCAAUAAUAUAAUAAUACUUUUAGCAAAAAUUUAGCACAAUCUGAAGAAGCAAUGAGGAUAGAAAGGUUCAGAACUUUUGUAAAACAUCACAGUACGGUUGAAAUAUAUAUGGCAAAUAGAAAUCCUAUAUGGAUGGUGUUAAGAGAUAGAUGGGAGGUAUUGAAUGGAGUUGAAGGAUGGGACUAAUAACAAAUAACAACAAAUAAUAACAAGAUAACUAAUAAUGUAAGCAUACUGUGUCCAUAAUAAGUAUAUAGGUUGUAUGUUGGGAGCUUUUGGGAAAGAGCACAGUUAGAAAGAUAUGGCAUAUAGAAGCAAACCGGAUGGACAUCAUGAAAAUGAUCGGAGAGGUUGAGAGUAGAAGUAGUUCAGGAGCAAAACAAAAAAAACAAAUAAAAUAGAAUUAUUGUAAAAUUGACUGUGUCCAUAAGGUGUAGAUAGUAAGUAUAGGCUGGAAGUAGAGGCCUGGCAUUGUUGUUCACUAAUUUACCCCAAGUAGGGAAAGGAUGGCGGGGUUGAAAAGUAAUAAAGGGGAGUAUACAAGUAUACAGUGGGGGGAAAAAAGUAUUUAGUCAGCCACCAAUUGUGCAAGUUCUCCCACUUAAAAAGAUGAGAGGCCUGUAAUUUUCAUCAUAGGUACACGUCAACUAUGACAGACAAAAUGAGAAAGAAAAAUCCAGAAAAUCACAUUGUAGGAUUUUUAAUGAAUUUAUUUGCAAAUUAUGGUGGAAAAUAAGUAUUUGGUCAAUAACAAAAGUUUCUCAAUACUUUGUUAUAUACCCUUUGUUGGCAAUGACACAGGUAAAACGUUUUCUGUAAGUCUUCACAAGGUUUUCACACACUGUUGCUGGUAUUUUGGCCCAUUCCUCCAUGCAGAUCUCCUCUAGAGCAGUGAUGUUUUGGGGCUGUCGCUGGGCAACACAGACUUUCAACUCCCUCCAAAGAUUUUCUAUGGGGUUGAGAUCUGGAGACUGGCUAGGCCACUCCAGGACCUUGAAAUGCUUCUUACGAAGCCACUCCUUCGCUGCCCGGUUGGUGUGUUUGGGAUCAUUGUCAUGCUGAAAGACCCAGCCACGUUUCAUCUUCAAUGCCCUUGCUGAUGGAAGGAGGUUUUCACUCAAAAUCUCACGAUACAUGGCCCCAUUCAUUCUUUCCUUUACACGGAUCAGUCGUCCUGGUCCCUUUUCAGAAAAACAGCCCCAAAGCAUGAUGUUUCCACCCCCAUGCUUCACAGUAGGUAUGGUGUUCUUUGGAUGCAACUCAGCAUUCUUUGUCCUCCAAACACGACGAGUUGAGUUUUUACCAAAAAGUUAUAUUUUUGUUUCAUCUGACCAUAAGACAUUCUCCCAAUCCUCUUCUGGAUCAUCCAAAUGCACUCUAGCUUCAGACGGGCCUGGACAUGUACUGGCUUAAGCAGGGGGACACGUCUGGCACUGCAGGAUUUUGACCCCACGGGGUGAGAUCUUGCGUGGAGCCCCAGAUUGAGGGAGAUUAUCAGUGGUCUUGUAUGUCUUCCAUUUCCUAAUAAUUGCUCCCACAGUUGAUUUCUUCAAACCAAGCUGCUUACCUAUUGCAGAUUCAGUCUUCCCAGCCUGGUGCAGGUCUACAAUUUUGUUUCUGGUGUCCUUUGACAGCACUUUGGUCUUGGCCAUAGUGGAGUUUGGAGUGUGACUGUUUGAGGUUGUGGACAGGUGUCUUUUAUACUGAUAACAAGUUCAAACAGGUGCCAUUAAUACAGGUAACGAGUGGAGUACAGAGGAGCCUCUUAAAGAAGAAGUUACAGGUCUGUGAGAGCCAGAAAUCUUGCUUGUUUGUAGGUGACCAAAUACUUAUUUUCCACCAUAAUUUGCAAAUAAAUUCAUUAAAAAUCCUACAAUGUGAUUUUCUGGAUUUUUUUUCUCAAUUUGUCUGUCAUAGUUGACGUGUACCUAUGAUGAAAAUUACAGGCCUCUCUCAUCUUUUUAAGUGGGAGAACUUGCACAAUUGGUGGCUGACUAAAUACUUUUUUCCCCCACUGUAUAUAUAAAAAACAAUGGGGAUUGGAAGUGAUGCAGACAAUUACAUUGAUAGAAGUUACAAUCUAUCUGCAAUAUUAAGCUGAUGUACCCCCCCCCCCAAAAAAAAUUAAAAUAAAAAAUAACAAUAAAGACUGAACGACUAAAAAGCACCCUAACGAAAAGCAACGCUAAAAAGGUGUGUUUUAAAUACAGCAUGUCCACAGUUUCGGCACCUCUCAGGUUCUCUAGCAGGCUAUUCCAGAGGUAUAACUAAAGGCUGCCUCUCCAUGGCUUUGGGAUUGUUAAAAGGCUAGUGCCAGAAGACCUGAGGGACCUACUGGGUACAUAAGUCAAAAGCAUGUCUGACAUGUAUUUGGGUGCACAAUUUAAAAACCAAUAGAAGAAUCUUAAAAUGUAUUCUAAAACUCACAGGCAGCCAGUGCAGAGACCUUAAACCGGUGUAAUGUGUGCUCUCUGUCUGGUCUUGGUCAGUACCCGUGCUGCAGCAUUCUGUAUGUUUUGCGGUUGACCAAUGGCUUUCUUGGGUAGACCAGACAGGAGAACAUUACAGUAGUCAAGCCUGCUUGUAAUAAAAGCAUGGAUGAGUCUCUCUGUAUCAGCCUGAGAGAGAAACGGCUGCACCUUGGCAAUGUUCCUCAGGUGGUAAAAACCUAUUUUGGUCACAUUCCUAAUGUGUGAUUCGAAAUUGAGUUCAGAAUCAAAAAUGACACCUAGGGGAUUUACCUGGUAUUCUAUCAAUGCUGUGCUUUCUAAUAACGCUGCCAACCGGUAACAUAUAGAAACUGAACAGUACUGGACCCAAAAUCGAACCUUGUGGAACUACACAGGUGAUAUAUAUUUUCUCUGAGAUAUGUUUAUCAAGGGUGACAAAAAACACUUGACCGGUUAAAUAGGUCAUUAACCAAUUUAUAACUACACCGGAGAGGCCAACCCACCUCUCCAGUCUGUCCAGAAGGACAUCAUGGUCAACAGUGUCGAAUGCAGCACUUAAAUCCAAGGACAGAGAGCUGUUUGGCAUCUGUGUUGGCUCUAAGAUUAUUAAAAUGUUUAAAUUUUUAGUCAUUUAGCAGACGCUCUUAUCCAGAGCGACUUACAGUUAGUGCAUACAUUAUUCCCUGUGGGAAUCGAACCCACAACCCUGGCGUUGCAAACGCCAUGCUCUAUCAACUGAGCUACAUCCCUGCCGGCCAUUCCCUCCCCUACCCUGGACGACGCUGGGCCAAUUGCGCGACGGCCCAUGGGUCUCCCGGUCGUGGCCAGCUACGACAGAGCCUGGAUUCGAACCAGGAUCUCUAGUGGCCUUAGACCACUGCGCCACUCGGGAGGGAUUUACCCCUUUUAACUAAGGCCGUCUCUGUACUGUGGAGGGCACAAAAAAACAGAUUGACAUUUUUCAAAAAUACAGUUGGCACAGUUUCUCCUGAAUUUUGCUUAAGAAUGGAAGGAUGGAGAUUGGCCGAAAACUGCUAAGAGCUGAAGAAUCUAGAUUACUUUCUUCAGAAGGGGUUUCACCAUAGCAGUUUUUAGUGCAGUGGGGAAAGUGCCUGUGAACAGGGAGUGAUUAACAAUAGCUUGCACUUCUUGAGAUAUGCAAUUAAAAACUGUUUUGAAGAAGGUGGUGGGAAUCACUUUCCUGAGCAUGUCUGUGUCAACCAGGGAAAUAAAUCCAUAGUGCGGCAGGCUAGGGCACAUAUCAAACUUCUCAUUUUUUUAUUUAUUUUUUUAGUCAUUUAGCAGACGCUCUUAUCCAGAGCGACUUACAGGAACAAUUAGGGUUAAGUGCUUUGCUCAAGGGCACAUCGACAGAUUUUUCAUCUAGUUGGCUUGGGGAUUAGAACCAGCGACCUUUCGGUUACUAGCACAACGCUCUUAACCACUAAGCUACCUGCCGCCCCAUCAGGUCUUGCUUGACUGAUACCCAGCCUAAUGUUUGUUAUCUUAUCUCUGAAAUAUGUUAUCUUAUCUCUUGAUCGCAAAUGGGUCUUCCAAAUGGACAAUGCAUACUUCCAAAAUUGUGGCAAAAUGGCCUAAGGACAACAAAGUCAAGGCAUUGGAGUGGCCAUCACAAAGCCCUGAUCUCAAUCCUAUAGAAAAUUUGCGGGCAGAACUGAAAAAGCGUGUGCGAGCAAGGAGGCCUACAAACCUGACUCAGUUACACCAGCUCUGUCAGGAGGAAUGGGCCAAAAUUCACCCAACUUAUUGUGGGAAGCUUGUGGAAGGCUACCCGAAACGUUUGACCCAAGUUAAACAAUUUAAAGGCAAUGCUACCAAAUACUAAUUCAGUGUAACUAAACUUCUGACCCACUGGGAAUGUGAUGAAAGAAAUAAAAGCUGAAAUAAAUCAUUCUCUCUACUAUUAUUCUGACAUUUCACAUUCUUAAAAUAAAGUGGUGAUCCUAACUGACCUAAGACGGGGAAUUUUUACUAGGAUUAAAUGUCAGGAAUUGUGAAAAACUGAGUUUAAAUGUAUUUGGCUAUGGUGUAUGUAAACUUCCGACUUCAACUGGAGAUGUGGAGGAAAGUUCACAUCAGUUUGUGGGGGUAGGAUUUAUCAGGUCAUCAAUGGUCGAGAAGAGCACUCUUGAAUUAGUGAUCAAGUUAGAAAAAUGAGCCCGCCUGGCAUUUCUAAUUGUCUUGUUAUAUAUGCCAAGUUGUUCUCUCAGAAUAUCAUAAUGGACCUGCAACUUUGACUUUCUCCACUUCCGCGCUGCCUUUCUGCAAUUUGUCUUUAAUUGAUUUGUUUUUUCACUCAUCCAAGGGGCUCAACACAAUCAACGCCCAACACAAUGAUUUUAUUAGAGUUCUCAAGGACAAUAGGCAAUAGUUUAGAGAAAUCAGUAAAGAAAGUGGGGCAGUGCUUUGGUGGCCAGCACUGGUGGCUGACAUUUAAACAGUAUGGCAUAAUGCUCAAAAGACCGAAAGUCGCCAAAUGAAAUGUCCUUACAGCUGAGAGCAUUAGUUAAAGUAGAGGCUGUCCCCCCCACUCGUUUUCCUUUUUCUGAUAGAGUAUGAAAAGCUGUAGUCCGGGGGGAGGCUUCAAUAAGAGCGGCACUACAGUCUGAAGACAGUCAUGUUUCAGUGAGAAACAUGCAAUCAUCUUUGUGCUCAGUAAUGAGGUCAUUCAUGAGAAAGGUUUUACUAGUGAUUGCUCUAACGCUUAAAAGCGACAUUCAAUGAGUGUGGGCCACUCUGCCCCUGGGGCAUCUGCUUCGAGGUAACCAAUGGAAUAACAACCAAAUUAUUAACGUUACAACCACAUUUUCUAACAGUCUCCAAUUUAUCAGAAUGGUAGGAGAUGACAGUUUGAAAAAGCUCACUAGAAGGCGGAGUUAAUGGAACAUAAAUUAAGUUACUCAGAAUAACCAUAGUGCCAUUUCUAUAGGAGUUGAUAUGCUUUCCAAGUCCCCUGUUGCUUAUUCUGACAGGGAGAACUGGAGCACUACCAGACCCUGUCGGUCAGUCUCUAAAACAGUUUGUGAUGGUGCUGGAAAUAAUCCUGGGGGAUAGAAGGAUUACUUUAUCCUAUCCCAGGUAUUCCUUAAAGAGGAAGUGUGUCUAGCUUGGGGGGUUAAUAUUUGACAACCGUUGCUAUAGUGAACAAGUGUGUGGCUCCCACCUGAAGGAGAUCACACACACUCAGGCUUUGCUCAUUCACACACACCUCUCUCAUUUGGCCAAAGGGUCUCUAUGGAAAUAAUGGAAAAGAGGAACUCCCACCAGCCAUCCAUGGUCUAAAAGGGUCCUAGGAUAUGGUGAUCAUAUGGCAUUGUUAUGACAACGCUAACCUGGCUGCCAGUCUGUUCAUUGGCUUGCUAUAAUACUUGAAAUAUUUGAGGUGUGCUUGAUUUAGUUAGUCAAGCUCAAUAGAACCAAUAAAUAGUCCCAAAAGUGCAAAAUACAAAUUUGCUAAAUCAAGAGUACCAAGUAUUUAACACAUUUUAAAUACUUUUUCGACCCAGUUCUGUUUGCUAUCCCUGAGUAUUCAACGGAUCAGUUGAGUAAUUUCAUCAACAGUUCAUCAACAGUUUUUCUCAUUACAGAAGUGGGACAACAGUGAUAGACAGCUAUAUGAGUGGUGGUUUCAGAUAGUGGUUGACAAUGGUAGAAGCAUUGGCCAAUCUCCUCUCCCUCUCCUUCACCAUUAUCUGUGUCAUCAUCACAUGAUGCAAUAACUACUCCACUCGACCUGCCCCACUUACCCCUGCCUCCCCCUCAGAUAGAGAGAGAGAGCGAGAGGAGCUGUACUUAAUUAACAUGCAGUAGACAAGGUCAUGUCACUACUACAAAAGCAUCUCAUGCUGCCGUCAGCAUUUUGCUCAUACCCGCAUUCCCCCUCACGCACAAUAAUAUGAACACAUUACACUAGCAAUAUGACAGUUUCCCUAAUGGUGAAUCGUUGUUUUGUGGGUAAAAAUAUUAAUGAAAAGAGUAGUGAUUGAGUACUUAUUUAUGUUACCUUGUUUCUCUGUCUGCAGCUCUCUGUCUGAUCUCGUACUGGAGACAUGGGUCCUGGCUGAAUGCCAUCAGCUGCCCUCUGUGUAGACAAAGGGUAAGCAAGACACACCCAACUGUAGAAACAUACAUUAUUACCAUGAUAUUACACUUGUUAUCCGACAAGAAAAAUAGCAAAAUGAUGUUGAAUAAAAGUGAUAAAUAAUGGUUCAGAAUUAAUUGAAUGUAACUGGAAUGGAUUUUCCCUCUCUCUCUCAGGUCAGUGUCCUGUGUCGUCUAUUCGGUGAGGGUCAGUCAGACAAAAAGGAGAGGGAGGUUCUGGGAGAAAUCACAGACUACAACAAACGCUACUCAGGAACCCCUCGAAGGGUCAGUACCACCAUAGACCAUAUAUUAUAUUGUUCUAUCUCUACAGUGCCUUGCAAAAGUAUUCAUCCCCCUUGGCGUUUUUCCUAUUUUGUUGCAUUACAACCUGUAAUUUAAAUUGAUUUUUAUUUGGAUUUCAUGUAAUGGACAUACACAAAAUAGUCCAAAUUGGUGAAGUGAAAAGAAAAAAAUAACUUGUUUUAAAAAAUUCAAAAAAAUUAAUAACGUAAAAGUGGUGUGUGCAUAUGUAUUCACCCCCUUUGCUAUGAAGCCCCUAAUUAUGGUGCAACCAAUUACCUUCAGAAGUCACAUCAUUAGUUAAAUAAAGUCCACCUGUGUGUAAUCUAAGUGUCACAUGAUUUGUCACAUGAUCUCCGUAUAUAUACACCUGUUCUUAAAGGCCCCAGAGUCUGCAACACCACUAAGCAAGGGUCACCACCAAGCGGCACCAUGAAGACCAAGGAGCUCUCCAAACAGGUCAGGGACAAAGUUGUGGAGAAGUACAGAUCAGGGUUGGGUUAUAAAAAAAUAUCCGAAACUUUGAACAUCCCACGGAGCACCAUUAAAUCCAUUAUUAAAAAAUGGAAAGAAUAUGGCACCACAACAAGCCUGCCAAGAGAGGGCUGCCUACCAAAACUCACGGACAAGGCUAGGAGGGCAUUAAUCAGAGAGGCAACAAAGAGACCAAAGAUAACGCUGAAGGAGCUGCAAAGCUCCACAGCGGAGAUUGGAGUAUCUGUCCAUAGGACCACUUUAAGCCGUACACUCCACAGAGCUUGGCUUUACGGAAGAGUGGCCCCAAAAAAAUAAGCAAACACGUUUGGUGUUCACCAAAAGGCAUGUGGGAGACUCCCCAAACAUAUGGAAGAAGGUACUCUGGUCAGAUGAGACUCAAAUUGAGUUUUUUGGCCAUCAAGGUAAACGCUAUGUCUGGCGCAAACCCAACACCUCUCAUCACCCCGAGAAUACUAUCCCCACAGUGAAGCAUGGUGGUGGCAGCAUCAUGCUGUGGGGUUGUUUUUCCAUCGGCAAGGACUGGGAAACUGGUCAGAAUUGAAGGAAUGAUGGAUGGCACUAAAUACAGGGAAAUUCUUGAGGGAAACCUGUUUCAGUCUUCCAGAGAUUUGAGACUGGGACGAAGGUUCACCUUACAGCAGGACAAUGACCCUAAGCAUACUGCUAAAGCAACACUCAAGUGGUUUAAGGGGAAACAUUUAAAUGUCUUGGAAUGGCCUAGUCAAAGCCCAGACCUCAAUCCAAUUGAGAAUCUUUGGUAUAACUUAAAGAUUGCUGUACACCAGCGGAACCCAUCCAACUUGAAGGAGCUGGAGCAGUUUUGCCUUGAAGAAUGGGCAAAAAUCCCAGUGGCUAGAUGUGCCAAGCUUAUAGAGACAUACCCCAAGAGACUUGCAGCUGUAAUUGCUGCAAAAGGUGGCUCUACAAAGUAUUGACUUUGUUUGUUUCACAAUAAAUAAAUAAAUCUUCAAAGUGGUAGGCAUAUUGUGUAAAUCAAAUGAUACAAACCCCCCAAAAAUCCAUUUUAAUUCCAGGUUGUAAGGCAACAAAAUAGGAAAAAUGCCAAGGGGGGUGAAUACUUUCACAAGCCACUGUAUGUGUACCACACACAUUUAUUAAAACAUGCUACAACCACACUACAACCUAGUAACACACAAAACCUUCAGACUAUUUUUACCAAUUAAACCAUACAACACAUUCUCAAGGGUCUUUCUGCAGGUAUUUUUCUCUCUCUAAACUUCAUAGCCUUUGUUAUACUGUAGAUAGCUUGCUCUCUUUCACCUUUUAUGAACAUAUCAAGUUCUGUGAUUUAAUUUUGACCUUGAAUGUGGCUGCAGAAUAGAUAACAGUAUUUACAUGAUAAUAAAAGUGAGUUGCUUUCCCAUCCCUCUGACAAUGGUUUUAUAACUGGAAUACUGCUUAUGCAACCACCGCAUAGAGACUGUAUUGUACAAGGACAAUGGAAGGAUAUCACACUAAAGUAGAAUACAAUUCUCUCUCACUCCUGUGGUUGAUACUCUUGGGUACAUCUCAAUACUCUAAAGUGGCCACCUCUCCUCAUUUCCUUUACUUCAUCUGGACUGAUCUAAAAUAAGAAAACAUUACAAAACCUUUUUCUACAUUGUGCUCUACUCUACUGAACACGAGCCAGAUCUCUGUCCCACCUGAAGCCAGGUGAGGUGACCGUGACACCCUCUACUCAUACCUGUGCCCCUGUCUUGUCUUCUGUCCCUUAGGUGACAGACUACCUGUGUGACACACCCCUGUUCCUGCAGCUGCUAGCUCGCGGCCUGGGCGCUACGGGGGGGCUCGUAUGCCUAUUCUUUCUCAGAGUGGUGCUCUGCUGUCUGGGGGCCGUGGUGUCCCUCUCCUCUGCCCCCCUGGACACUCCAUCCUCCCUGUCUGGCCUCCUGGGGGUCCUGGAUGACCUGGUGGUCGUCUUCCUCCUGCUCACCUGUGUUAUCAACAUCAACCAGCAGAUGACGCCAGAGAGUGGGAAUUCCUCAGCACACACAGCCACACAGGGAGUAGGCCUGCUCAGCAACUCGCUGUAG